AAGACAGUGGUUUCAAUAGAAUGAAGCAUAGUUCUAGGGGAACCCAAAAGUGACCUCUCGGCACUCCCAAAAGUAGGCAUUUCCAGACAACAGUUCAGAGGUUUCUUUUGCUUAUUUUUCAAAUUUGUCUGUACAUUUUUAAUUUCGGUAAAAUGUUCAGUUUUGCUCUGAUCCAUUUGAUGAUCCUCACCUUUCUGAGUGUGAUCAGUGGUUUCAAGUUGACCCUGCUACACACCAACGAUAUGCAGUCCUGGUAUGACCCCAUUUCGAUUAAAGGUGGAAAAUGUAAGUCCGGCGACAAUAAGAAUGGUCUCUGCUUUGGAGGAUUUGGACGCGUGGCCAGUGUGGUGAAGGAGGCUAGGAAGUCGAGCACUGAUCCGGUUCUCUAUUUAAACGGCGGCGAUUCCUUCCAGGGAACUCCCUGGUUUUCAGUUUACCGUGGAAAGAUGGUGGCCCAAAUGCUAAAUAUGUUGGCACCCGAUGUCAUGACCCUGGGAGUUCAUGAGUUUGAUGAUGGAACUGACGCCCUGGGAGAAUUUCUGGAUAUUAUUAAUUUCCCGUUGGUAAGCUGCAAUAUUAACUUGGACAGGGAACCCAAACUGGCGAAGAAAACUAUGUUAGCAACCUCCACUGUGAUCACAAAGUUUAAACGUAAGAUUGGCAUUGUGGGUUAUAUAAGGCCGGACACCAAGGAACGCACUCAGCCCAAUAAUGUGAUCUUCAAACAGGAGGUGCCCGCUAUAAACAAGGAAACCAAGAAGCUGGUGGACCAGGGAGUCAAUAUCAUCAUUGCUUUGGGUCAUUCGGGCUAUGAAAAGGAUAAGGAUAUAGCCAAGCGUUGUCCAGAUGUGGAUGUAGUGGUGGGCGGUCAAUCGCACACAUUUCUGUACACUGGAAAGGCUCCGAGUAAUGAUGUGCCCGAAGGUGCCUAUCCCACAAUAGUGGUGAAGCCUAAUGGCCGAAAGGUGCCUGUGGUUCAGGCCUAUGCCUAUACCAAAUAUCUUGGCAACCUUUCGCUGGAAUUCGACAAUGGUGGUAAUCUGCUGAGUUUCAAGGGAAAACCCAUUUUAUUGGACAACCGCUUUCAGCCCCGAAAAGAUGUGCAGAAUUUUCUCGAUCAGAAUCGCGGGGUGAUCGACGACAUGGAGCGCCAUGUAGUGGGCACAACUUCGGUUUAUCUGAAUGGCGAUAGGAGAAGCUGCGGUCUGGGGGAGUGCAAUUUUGGUAACAUCAUAGCGGAUAGCUUCGUCUAUGCCCGUGUGCUGGAAACCAUGACGGACCGAAGCUCUUGGACAGAUGCACCCAUAGGACUCAUUAAUGCAGGGGCCAUUAGAGCUUCGGUGGAACCCGGGGAAACGGGUGCCAUCACAGAGGCCGAUGUGGUGACUGUACUUCCGUUCAGCCACGACAUGUUCUUCACUCGGAUCAGUGGCACUCAACUCAUGAAGGCCCUGGAACACUCUCUCCAAUUGCGGAGCAAGCGGGUUACGGGUGCCUUCCUUCAGGUUUCGGGACUUCGUCUGAAGUUUAACCACAGCCGACCCAAUGGCGAAAGGAUCACAGAGAUCAAGGCCCUGUGCUCCGACUGCCAGAUUCCGCAUUAUGAGAAAGUUGAAACCGACAAGUACUACGGCGUGGUACUCACCUCUUUUUCUAACGGCGGCGAGGGCUACAGUUUCAUCGAUGACAAGCGACCGGAAGUGCAAAACAUGACCCUUCUCGACCGCAAUGCACUUAUCCGGUAUCUGCAGGAGCACAAGGUCGUCUAUCCGGAGCGGGAGGAUCGUCAAAUGCUGCAGGAGAAGCAGUUGGACAACUCGGGUUCUAGCUUGCUAAUUGAACCCCUCCUGCUACUCAGCUUUUUGUACUUUCAUCGCCGCCUUUUCGAGUAAAUGUCGAGUCUGCGAAAUGGAAAAGAAA